AUGGGGUUGCGCUGGGCGCUCCUCGCCGCGCUCCUCCAGGCCGGCGGCGCCGCGGGCGGCCGGGAAUAUUCAUUGCCUUAUACACCACAGUUUGCACAGUGCCAGGACCCCAGCAGGGAAUUCUAUGAAGAAAGACUUAAUAAAUGUUGCAGUCAGUGCCCUCCAGGUCAAUAUAAGUUACAGAGCUGCACUGACAAUGUGGACACACAGUGCAGUCCCUGUGGACCUAACACAUAUACAGCGAUCUGGAAUCGGUCUCCUCAGUGUUUUGCCUGCUUACCACCUUGCAGGAAAGGUUUUGUGCAGGUUCAAACGUGCACAAAGUCACAGGACAGAAUCUGUAGCUGCCCACCCAAUGAGUACUGCAUUUCAAAAAUAUAUGAGUACUGCAAAAUAUGUAGAGUGCAUAAAAAGUGUGGAAAAGGUUACCGAGUUUCCAAAAAAGGAACAGACAGCACAGAUACAGAAUGUAAACCUUGUCCUCCUGGAACUUUUUCAGAUGAGGAAUCUUACAAUACCAGCUGUAGACCGCAUACAGUUUGUAAAUCAGUGGUUAUUCUAGGAAAUAGCAUAAAUGACACUGUUUGCGGUGACUCAGGAAUAGCAUUUGCCACAGCUCUGCCUCACACUGUUGUGAAACCCAUCCUGACACAAAGCUCAACUUCUAGCAGACCUGAAAUAUUAACUCGACCUGUCAUUCUAAGUGCUGCAUCUGAUAUGUCUUAUAUCAUUGGAUCAGUAACAGGGCCAUUGCUGUUGGUCUUGAUAAUCACUGUUUUGGGAUAUUGCUUAGUCUACAGAAAAAAAGCACUUUUAUAUUCCCCGCCAACUAGAGAAACAGAUUUGCCUUUUUCCCCUACAGAGAAGCAGUGUGACCAAAAAAUAAGAAAUAUAGGAUCACAGAACUCCAGUAACUCCGAACAGGAGGAACAGCAUCUCUUGGAAACUCCAGGGUCAAGCAGUAGCUCUCUGAAUAAUUCAGCUGGGUCUACAAGGGCCAGUGUAAUAAGUAACAAGAACAAUGAAAAGAAAGAAAUGGAAGGCUUUCAGCAGCAAUAUUCAGCCACCGAAGGUUGUAAGCUUCACAGUGGAGACAGACACAACUCUGCAAGUUCAGAACACUCUGGUAAUGGAGGAACACAGGUGAAUGUGACUUGUAUUGUUAAAGUAUGUAAUUCGGACUGCAGUUCCCAGUUCCCAGAACAGACUAGUUCAUCUAGCAUGGAUUAUGGAAAUGCUCCCCAUUAUUCUCCAACAGGGGAAGAAAUUCCCCUUUCAAAAGAAGAAAACCCCUUGAAAAAAGAAACUGAAAUUCAGAUCUCAGUGGAAACCGAGGACAAUUUACUUCAAGACUUACUUCCAGAAGAAAAGAAGUUUCCUCUGGAUAUUCAAGAUGUGGGGAUGAAAACUAGUUAAAGGAGAUUACAGAUCAUGUAUUGAUCGACUGAUAAAAUACAUCAAACAACCUCUGAGCUUCUAAAAUAAAUGUUAUAUUAAAUGUAGCAUUUUACAGAGACUUGAAAUCUCAGAUGAAUAUAGACAUGAAAGUUUUUGAGGUUUUAAACCUUUUUUGUCAGUCUUGAGACUCUAAAGAUGAUCUUUGCAGUUUAUAAGAAGCUACCACUUUUUAAUGCUUUCUUUGCUUUUAAGCUGAAUGCCCUACUCUUCCCUUACUUCUGUGAUACAUCUUGAUCAUAUCCGAGAGAGACUUUUGUUAGCUUUGAAAAGGAACUGUUUUCUAACUUUGUCAUUGACUUUUCUGCUGAGACUUCUUGUGAUGAUAAUUUGGGUUCAUAUAUACUACCUGUUGAGAACAUGACUGCAACCAGCCCUUCUUAAGAGACUGGAAUUAAAUGAUCAGUUAUCCAAUGCUAAUAAGCUAUUCAAAUGGUUUUAAUUUUAAAACUAUUCCAUUCAAUUUCCUAUCUUCACGUAUGUAUUCCUACUAGCCUUUGGACAUUUUUUAUUAUUAUGGUUUGCCUCCUUUCAUCCUGGGACCAAAGUUUACAAUUCAAGCUUAAGUAUAUUGAGGAGCAAAAUCUUCCACAGCCGUUUUUAUACUAAAUUACAACUAUUCUGUUAUUUCUUCAGCUGUACAUAGUAUUUUAGAAAAGGAAAUCUAGAUUAAAUAGUUGUAAUCUUUAAGUAGACAGUAAGUUCCUUCUACUGAUGAUUUGAGUAUGACAUCUGUGUGUCAUGGCUGCUUUAAUAUGAUUCCCUGGCUGAUUCUGACCUCAUUUUAAAGGUUAUCAAAGUUAACCAUAAACACAAAAUAUUUUUCUCUACGUUACAGUGAACAUUAUAGAAGAUCCAGACAGCUCAAUUCCAUUGACCUCAGGUAAAGGACUGUCUCUUGAUUGCAUGGCAUAAUCUGUGAAAACUGGAAU